CAAGCUGACCUUAAUGGCCAUCAGCUAUGCCGCCCUGCUCAGCGCCGCGUCCUCGUGCUCGGUGGCGGCCGGGCGCGCCCAGCUGCUGCAGGCGGUGGACACGGAGUUCACCGCGGACUCGGUCGAGUGGUGUCCACUGCAGGGCUACGGGCGCCUGCUGGCCUGCGGCACCUACCAGUUGCAGGACGAGCCGGCUGCGGACAGGCCCCGGGAGCGCAUUGGCCGCCUCUACCUGUACCAGGUCCAAGAGGACAGGCCGGACGGGCCCCUGCAGGAGGUGUAUCGCAGGGACUCCAAGGCCGUUUUGGACAUGAAAUGGUGCCACAGGCCAUUAGCUGGCCGCCCCACCCUGGGCUUGGCAGACGCCAGUGGGUCUGUGCAGCUGUUGUGUGUGAUGGAGUUUGAGAGCUCAUAUACGCUGCAGCCAGUGUCACACUGGGCUGAAGAGGAGCAGAUGACUCUGGCCACAUCCCUGGACUGGUCCUCUGGGAAAAGGGGGAGCCCUUCCAGCCAGCCCCUACGCAUUGUCUCCAGCAACUCCAAGGGGCGUCUGCACCUGCUGCAGGUGGGGCCAGGGUGCCAGCUGGUGGAGGAGGCCUCCUGGCAGGGCCAUCACUUUGAGGCCUGGGUCGCUGCUUUCAACUACUGGCAGACGGAUGUGGUGUACUCAGGUGGAGACGAUGCUCUUCUGAAAGCCUGGGAUAUCAGGAUGAAGGGCGCCAUUGUGUUCAGCAGCAGGAGGCACUCAGCAGGCGUCUGCAGCAUCCAGAGCAGCCCCCAUCGUGAGCAUAUCCUGGCCACGGGCAGCUAUGAUGAACAUGUGCUGCUGUGGGACACCCGGAACAUGCAGCAGCCCCUCGUGGACGUGCCCAUGCAGGGCGGCGUGUGGAGACUCAAGUGGCACCCAUCCCACCACCUGCUGUUGGCAGCCUGCAUGCACGGCGGCUUCCAGAUCCUCGACUGCCAGGGUGCCAUUGGAGGGGAGGAGAAGCAAGUGCUGCCGUGUGUUUCUCACAAGUUGCCCAACUCCCUGGUGUAUGGGGCCGACUGGUCCAGGCUCCACGCCCACCACCAGCUCCGGCCCAGCAUGGUCACAGGUACCUCUGUCAGCAACACGGAGGUCACACCCCUUGUGCUCAACAAGAUGGAGAGGAUGUCAGUGACCAGCCACACCGAUGCCACAGAAGCUGCUUCCCACACCAAGGAACUUCUGCAAACAGUCCAAGACAGGAAGAGCUGGGGGGGGCUGCAGGAGGCAGAGUCCAGGCUCUGUGACAGUGACCACUCUAUGGACACAGAGCCCUUCGACAGCAACCUCCUGGCCACUUGCUCCUUUUAUGACCAUGUUCUUCACUUCUGGAAGUAUGACAGCGGGGAAGCUUAGGCAACAGUUGCUAAUAAAGGACCACGGGUGUGGA